AUGGACCAUCAAGCGGUCACUCACCGGAUCGUAAGGUAUGCUGUCGACAUCCACAAAAGGUCGGUUAAUGCAGGCUCGUUGGAUGACAAAUCGAAUCACGAGAAAGAGCCGAUCUCGAUCUCCAUGAUUGUCAUUCACAAGGUACGGGAUUUGCCUGCAGGAUUCGACAAUAUCCAUAUUUUCCUCUAUCCAUGGGCAUUUCGGGCCUUUUAUAUCUAUCAAGUGCCAGUAGAUACAUUUGGAUUUGGAUUUGAAGGAGUGAGGGUCAGAAAGAAGAUCCCAAACCUCGAAUUGGGUUGGAACGGCGAGACUCCAGUCCUCCAAAUCUACCUCAAACGCAAUGCAGUUAAACACUUCACGCUUGGGGCAAUAGCUUACGAAACACGCAACGCAGACGAUUGUGUUCAAAGGGUGAAAACCCCUUCAAACAGAACAGUACUGUCGCCGAAAAACUAA